AUGGCACGCCUGGGUCUCCUCCUCCUCCUCCUCCUCUCCAGAGCCAUGGCCCUGGGGGAGCACGGCGUGGUCCACGUGGUGUCGGAGAACUGGAGCAAGGACUACUGCGUCCUGCUCAGCUCCGACUACAUCACCCUACCCCGGGACCUGAGCCACACCCCACUCCUGCCCCUGCAUGAUGGCACCACGGCACCCUCGUGCCCAGGCAAGGACUCCUCCCACCGGGCCCAGUACGGCUUCCCCGGCCGGCGGCCCCUCCACCAGGCCACCACCAUGGUCAUGCGGAGCAACUGCAGCCUCUACGCCAAGGGCUGGCUGGCUCAAAGCCAAGGUGCCCACGGGCUGCUCAUCGUGAGCCAGGUCAGCAGCCAGCAGUGCUCAGACACCACCCUUGUGUCCCAGGGCCCCCACAAGUCCCUGCCAGACCUCACCAUCCCCGUGGCUGUGCUCCACUACAGUGACAUGCUCGACAUCCUCAGCCACACCCGGGGCAGUGCCGUGGUCCACGUGGCCUUGUACGCACCCCCAGAGCCUGUUCUCGACUACAACAUGGUGGUCAUCUUCAUCCUGGCUGUAGGCACUGUGGCUGCUGGCGGCUACUGGGCUGGCCUGACUGAGGCUGACCAGCUGGGGCGGCGCCGAGCCUGCAGAGGAGGGCCUGGUGGGCACAGUCAGUGGGCAGCAAUGGCAGCACAGGGAGGGCAGGAGGAAGAAGACGAAGAUGCACCAGCGGACUUCACGCCAGCCACGACGGGCACGGUGCUCACCAUGUCCAGCUCCAUCCUGCUGCUACUCUAUUUCUUCUACGACAGCUUUGUCUACGUCAUGAUCGCCAUCUUCAGCCUGGGUGCGGGCACUGGCCUCUACAGCUGUCUCACGCCCCUGGUGCGCCUCCCGCCCCUGCAGCAAUGCCAGCGGCCCUUGCCUGACCGCUGGGCAUGUCUGCGGCCGCCACUGCUGGCUGGCCUGUGCACGGUGAUGACUGUCCUCUGGGUUGCCUACCGCAAUGAGGACCGCUGGGCAUGGCUCCUGCAGGACACGCUGGGCAUGACCUACUGCCUUUUUGUGCUGCAGCGCGUGCGGCUGCCCACACUCAAGAGCUGCGCCUCCUUCCUGUUGGCCCUGCUGGCCUUUGAUGUCUUCUUCGUCUUUGUCACGCCCCUCCUCACCAGGACUGGCAAGAGCAUCAUGGUGGAGGUAGCCGCGGGCCCGGCAGAUUCCCUGAGCCAUGAGAGGCUGCCCAUGGUGCUCAGAGUGCCCCGGCUGAGCUUCUCAGCCUUGACCCUGUGUGACCGGCCCUUCUCCUUCCUUGGCUUUGGUGACAUCGUGGUCCCGGGCUUCCUGGUAGCCUACUGCCAUCGCUUUGACGUGCAAAUCCACUCACGCCAGGUCUACUUCCUGGCCUGCACUGCAGCCUAUGCCGUGGGCCUGCUGGUCACUUUCAUCGCCACGGCCCUCAUGCAGAUGGGCCAGCCUGCCCUGCUCUACCUGGUGUCCAGCACCCUGCUCACCAGCCUGGCCGUGGCCGCCUGCCGCCAAGAGCUCACCCUCUUCUGGACUGGCCAGGGCAGAGCCAAGACACCUGCCCAGCCUGUGGCAGGGCUCUGUGCUGACCCUUCAGUUGGCCCUGAGCCGAAGCAGGAUGCAACAGAUGUCCACACAACUAGCAAGUCUGAGGGGGCUGCUGACCACUCAGCAGGGGUCUUAGACAGCAACCUUGGGGAGGAUGCACCCGAGACUGUCACCGUAUCUGAGGAGGAUGCCACUGGGCUGGAUGGCCACAGUGACAGCUCCGAGGGCUGGAGUGAUGCCAGCCGGCCUGAUGAGCUGCCCCAUGCCUGCCCUGGGGCCUCAGAGCAGCUAAGGCCACUGAUGCCAGUGGCCGUGCUGGUACCACUGAUGCCGCUGGUGCCACGGCCCUCAGAGCUGGGCCCUGCUCACGCCCAGGCCCAGGCCCAUGGUGCUGGCCGGCCCUGGACGGGGCUCCACAAGAGGAAGGGCUUGAAGGUAAAGAAGAGCCUGUCAACCCAGGCUCCUCUGUGA